AUGGACUCGCCUCCAGCAUCCUCAGACCAUGGCGACGAGGCCUUCGACCACUCCCACCCCUUCGCAGGCGUCGUCGUCUGCUGCACCAGCAUCCCCACCGACCUUCGUUCGACAAUAGCAAAGAAGACGGACGAGCUCGGCGGCAUCCACAAGUACGACCUGACCCCGGACGUUACCCACCUCAUCGUCGGCGAGUACGACACCCCCAAGUACAGACAUGUCGCCAAGGAACGCGAGGAUAUCAAGGCCAUGGCCGUGGGCUGGGUCGAUGCCGUGCGAAAUCUCUGGGUUCGGGACGAGCAGAUCGACUUCCGAGCCUUGGAGAAGGAGUGGACUUUAAAAGCAUUCGAGACUGGCGGCGGUGCAAUAGACGAGAAUCAAGAGGUUGGCCCCAAGACUACGCUGAGCUGCUGCUUGACGGGUUUCGACGAGCCACACAUGCGCCAGGAAAUAAUCGACAAGAUCAAAUCCCAUGGCGGCAGCUACACAGGCGACCUCAGCAGACAGGUCAGCCACCUGAUUGUGUACAAGCCCGAGGGAAAGAAGUACCUGGCCGCCAGGAACUGGGGGCUGCACGUCGUAGGGCUUAAAUGGGUGUACGACUGUGUGGAGCGAGGCAUGAUCCUCGACGAAAAAGCCUACGACCCCCUGCUUUCCGAGGAAGAAAUCGGCUGGGGAGCAUGGAACAGAAAAGCGAGUGCGAACCGUCGGAUAUCGCUUGGCAAGCGACAGAGAGAGGCGGCGGCGAAACAGGAGCAAGGGCGGCGCAAGCUGAGGAAGACGGCGAGCAUGAAGCUGAACAGCCAGAGGGACAACAUGUGGGGCGAGAUCCUGGGCCAGCCGUCCGUCGACCAGUCCGCCUCUCACCAUGCCGAGGAGCCCACCCAGCCGUUGCCGAGCGAUUCGGUCCUGCGGUCCAAUGCGUCUAUAUCACGGGUCAGUGAGUCGGUUGACACCGGCCGCUCGCGUUCCCCGUUCGUUGGCGCAGAGAACAGAGGCGACAACAUCUUUGCUUCGUGCUGUCUGUACGCUUUUGGUUUUCCUCCACAGCAGACCGAUGUUCUUGUCAAUACGGUCUCAUCCCUGGGAGGUCUUGUGGUCGGGUCCCUGGCAGACAUCACAACCUCAGAGGGGAUGAUCCGUCGCUUUGUAAUAGUACCUCAAAGCGCCGACCAGAAGUCACUUCCACUCCUGCCAGAUGGUGUGGAUCUCAUUACCGAAUGCUUCAUCGAGAGAUGUUUACACAGAAAGGCCUUGCUGGAUCCAAAGGACCACGUUAUUGGUAGACCGUUCCCAGUUUUUCCCAUCGAGGGCUUUGAAAAGCUCUCGAUAUGCACUGCCGGCUUCACCGACGUCGAUCUUCUGCAGGUGGAUAAAUCCAUCCGCCAGCUAGGAGCGCGCUUUGAGGAACGUUUCAACGCCGAAAGUUCACUGCUGCUGUGCGCCUCCCUGAGUGCCGUUCGGAAACAGAAGCUCGACCUGGCAUUACUCUGGAACGUCCCCGUCAUCAAGGCGGAAUGGCUUUGGGCGUGCAUAUCACAGGGCAAAAGGCUGUCAACCAAGCCAUUCCUGUUCCCCGAGCUCAAAGCAAGGACCACCGCGGAGAAGAGCGCGACAACAAAACCAUUAAACAGAUCCAAAUCGACGUCCGACAUGUCCAAGAAGUUGACGCCAAAGUCACUGCCAGAGCGCACCGAGAAGCCAGGUAGGGCCAGCCUCCCGGGCCCAGACAUGUCGGCCUUUGACCCAACGCCGCUGGUGUCCACUGAGCCUCCACUAUCUCAGGCCAGGACAUCAACCAGGAAUGACUCCAACGCCGCCACCGAGUUUGAGACCGCCCUGACACAUCAGUCCAGGGAGAAGCCACCAUCACAGCGACCCGAGGCACGGCCCAGUUCGAGAAACGACUCUCAUCCACUCGGUGAAAAGUCAGCCAACGAGCUGAACAAAACCUCGGCCAAAGAAACACCCCAAUCUCCGCGACGCAAGCCGCUCACACGCGUGCGAAGCGAAGUCUGCGACUCAGAAGCAGGCGACGACGACGACGGCCUCGACGCACCCAACGACGAUGACCCAACCCCGCAACCAGCCGCCCGACCAGAGCCAGACCAAGGCCCAGAUGCUGCAGCCGGCGCCGCCGCCGAGCUCGAGGAGCGCAGGAUUCAACGCGAGAAGGCAGAGAAGGCAGAAGCGGAGCGGCUGGCCCUCUCGUCGAAACUCACCUCCCUCCUCGGUGGCGCACCCGCGAACCCCGCCACCGCCGAGAACAGCCGCAACAACUCCUACAACAGCGACUCCGCAGCCGUAGCAGCCGCGGGGAAGGACGACGCAAGGCCCGCCUCCAGGCGCAAGAGGCGGGACGUGAUCGGCCGAGCGGUCAGCAACGCCUCGGUGGCUUCGACGGGGAGCGCGGACUCGUCCGCUGGGCUAGGGAGGUCCGCGGCGGUGAUCAACGAGGGGGCCGAGGGCUCGUCGCAGGAGGGUGGCGGCGGGGCGCCGGCGGCCAGCACGCAGGUCGAGUACGAUGACCCGGAGGCUAAGAUCAGCAAGCAGCGGCUUGUGAGCAAGAUGCUCAGAGGGGGAGCAGGAGGGGCCGGCGCAACGGAAACCCACCGCGACGUCGCUUCGGGGACUGGCAAUAAGGUGAAACCUGUGCCGGCGGCGUCUGGGCGGGCUUUUGGGGGUCGGAGCAUGCGGCCGAGAUGA